AUGCUGGCCGCCUUGUUUCUCUCUAUAUGCGCUACUGUAGCAGGGCAAAGGAACGUUUACACGAGGCUACUGGGAGAGUCUUCCUACUUCCAAGAUCCGUCCCAUGUCCAGAAGUUUUUGGGUAAUCUGCGGAAGUUGAGCACAUUGCAAAGCGAGAUUUUGGGAUUGAGGCCUACGUCAUUCGAUGAAGCCAGUUUCGAUGUGGAACCAAAAAAUCCAGAGCAGUUGCCUUACUUGUUCGAGGGUGAUUUGAUUCUGACAGAGAGUCAGAUGGAUGCCAUAUUGAAAAAUGCUGAGAACCAACUAGCGGCCAAGAAUGGAGAGCCGAAGCGACAUCGUCGCUCGAUGACUUCGUCCUUGUAUUCUCGAUGGUCAAAUGCACCUAUUCCGUACUAUAUCAACACCGGUUCUGGAGUAAGUGAGUCCGCCGUACUGGCUGGAAUCGCCCGUUGGGAAGCUGAGACUUGCAUUAGAUUUACAAGGCAGUACAGUAUCCCCAGUGGAAACGGUAUUGAGUUCUUUCUUGGUAGCGGCUGCUAUUCUAUGGUUGGAAAAGUUGGAUCAAGAUCACAACAGAUCUCUAUUGGAUACGGCUGCACUUCUUUGGGAACGGUAACCCACGAAAUUGGCCAUGCUCUUGGAUUUUAUCAUGAACAAGGUCGUUACGACCGCGAUUCUUAUGUAUCUAUCGUUUCGUCGAACAUUCAAAACGGGUAUCUCAGCCAGUUCACCAAGCAAGCCAGAUCGACGAUGGAAGAUUACGGUGUUGGAUACGAUUAUGGAUCCGUCAUGCAUUACGAUCAAUUCAGCUUCAGUGCUAGUGGCCGCAAUACAAUCCAAACUAUCGACACAAACUAUCAGCAAACCAUUGGUCAACGUGAUGGUCCAUCUUUCAUGGACGUCAAAAGGAUUAACUUGGCCUACUGCAACAGCACCUGUGGAGCGAAAUUACCGUGCCUUAACGGUGGUUAUACUGACCCGAAGAACUGCGCAGCCUGUCGCUGUCCCAGCGGUUUCGGUGGAACUCUCUGCGAUCGCGCGGCAACCAAUCCUUCCCAGUGUGGAUCUGGAGAUCUUACAGCAGAUGCUUCCAUGAAAACGCUUACUGUUAGAGGAGCUGUCAGCUGCUCUUUUGUCAUCAAAGCACCUUCUGGUCGACGCGUUUACUUCGAGGUGCCCUCUUUCACAUUCACGGCCGCUAAUCUCUGCCAGUACAACUUCCUCGAAAUCAAAUAUGCUGCUGACCUUCAAAGAGCAGGAGCGAGAUUUUGUCUAUCGCCACCCCGAAACUCUUACUCCGAAAGUGACAGCCUCGUAGUCCUUUACAGAGGAUCUUCGUAUACUUCAUUUACCAUGAACUACAGAUACGAUCCACCCACUGCUAUCGCCCCAACUCCACCUGCCCCUACAACAACGACGCCGAGACCCACAACAACAACAACAACUACAACGACUACUCAACGAACCACUACUCGAGGAAAUCCAUAUGGAUGCACGGCUUGGAGUGCAUGCUCAUUCCCCUGCGGAGGAUGUGGUGUGUCCAGAAGAACAUGCAACGGUGUUACACAAGCGGUAUACUGUAACAAGCAACCAUGUAACUUCAAUUUCUGUUGUCAGCCAUUUUAUUACGUCAACCAAGGCUACUGCUUCCAUCCUUAUUACAGCGAUGGCAUAGUCGAUGAGGAAGAAAGGCUGAAACUGUUUGGAGAAUACGCGAAUAAAUUCAGCGGCGAAGGAAGCGGAUUAGUUGAAGGAAGCGGAGAAAUGGAAGGAAGUGGGCAGAAAGGCAGGGAUCUUAUGGAAGGAAGUGGGCUUUAG